GACAUGCGCACUUGGCCCUGUUGUUGAGUUUGUUAUGACAAGUCGAGGCCUCGGACUAAAUUAGGAGCGAAGCCCCUGUCUCUGUCCGGGCGAAUCGGUGAUGGAGGGCAUGGAAUUGGACCUGGAUUUGGACCAGGAGCUCAUGCAGAAAUUCAGCUGCAUGGGUACAACAGACAAAGAUAUCUUAAUAACGGAAUUUCAGAGGCUCCUUGGGUUUCAGCUCAACCCCGCCGGAUGCGCCUUCUUUCUGGACAUGACCAACUGGAAUUUACAAGCAGCCAUCGGAGCCUACUAUGACUUUGAGAGUCCCAACAUCAGUGCACCGUGCAUGUCCUUUGUGAGUGAUGUGACGAUUGGUGAGGGCGAAUCAGUUCCUCCAGACACACCUUUCACAAAGACCUGGAGAGUACAGAACACAGGUGCUGAAUCAUGGCCUCCUGGGGUUUGUCUCAAGUAUGUUGGAGGAGAUCAGUUCGGUCACGUAAACAUGGUGAUGGUGCGUUCUCUAGACCCUCAGGAAAUCGCUGAUGUUAGUGUGCAGAUGCAGAGCCCUGCGUCUCCUGGCAUGUACCAGGGCCAGUGGAGAAUGUGUACAGCCACCGGACUUUACUUUGGAGAUGUCAUUUGGGUGAUCCUGAGUGUGGAAGUUGGAGGCCUCCUUGGCGUCACACAGCAGCUUUCCUCUUUUCAAGCCGAGUUCAACACCCAGCCUCACCGCAGCCUGGAAGGAGACUACAACCCCUUCGCCUCGCCAGAGAAGAGCAAGUGCCCCAACAGCAACAACAACAGCCUCCACGAUGCCAGCGAUCAUAUGGUCGCAGAGGAACAUUGGCAGGGAAGCCCCAACCAGCUGCAGCAAGAUCAGAAUGGACUUUCACACAACUCUGUGGAUAUAGUAGCAAACAGUCUACAAAGCAAUCUAUCAGUAGUAUCUUAUAACCAGGGUAUACAGGAGCCCUAUCCUUUCGGGCACUCUUAAAACAUGGGACUUGUCACAGUGAUGCAGCACUAAACCUCUGGAGUCUUGUCACACCAAUAAAGAGAAAGAAGAUGCUUUAUCAGUAGCUGGUUGAGAGUGGAGAUUCAAAAACACUUUAUGCAAAGUCCAGCUACACUUUGAGAAACCAGAGGCCAUUGCUCCCGACGUGCAGCUCAACCAACAUCCCACAACCCACUGUAUGCACGCGUGAAUGCUAAGUUAAAAAUGAGUGCUAUGAGUCUUUUUGAGUGAUAACUUUUUUCUUUUUCUUUUUUAGUUGUCAGAGUGGAAAUGAAACAAUGACGACGGGAGUGUGAAUUUGUGACAUUGUGUGUGUGUGUGUGUAUAUGUGUGUGUGUGCAUUGUGCAACCUGAAAGAGAGACUUUGGAGGAAAAGCCAUUUAUUUUGCCAACUGAUUCUCCAGUUUCUGCUCGGACUCUUGGUACAUUUAUUGGCUUUUCUAGACCUGUUCCCUGUAACUAAAUCUAAUAAUAUGGACAUCUCUGAAACAAAA